CACAACCCUUUAAUACCCUUCAAGACCAACUACUCCCUCAGUGGGACGGCAGCCAACAGAAGAUGUCCAAGGAGUUCAAGUUGCUGUUGGUCAAGGAAACGCUUGCAGAAUUAGGAUACGCCCAUUUGGCCAGAGAAAUCGAUGUCGGUGAUGCUGUGAGUGAAGAAGCGAAUCCGACGGUUAGCCCAAUCGUUAUUUUCUUCAAAGAUCACCUUGCAAACGGGAAUUACGAAGGGAUAUUGAAUUUUUUGAAUCAAUUUAUGUUGAAAAACUCUAAUGCCGAUUAUAAGAUUGAAUACGUUGCAAAUACCGAUGAGGAUAGUUGGCAAAAAUACCUUCAAACUGAAACUAAUGACGAAUUUAUUGUUAGUAUAUCGAUAAUGAUUUAUCUUCUUCAUAGAUUCAAGUUUUUAGAAUUGAUUAUGGAAAAGUCAAUGAAUAACGAUUACCCCACGAAUGAAGUGAGCCUAUUGAAUUUACUAAAAGAUCAAUUGAACUUACUUAUCAAUACUAUCAUGAGUAAAAAAAUACCUCAAUCGAACUAUUUUGAACCUGAUUUGGUGGACCAUUUGAAUAACCAAUCGGAAGGAGACGUGCUACUCCCAUUGGCACUCCAGAGUCCAAUCCAUGUUAGUCAUAUCGAUAAUAUGAUUUUCAAUAAAAAGGUGUUGAUGACCCCCAACAUUAACCAAAUAAUCUCUUGUAAUAUCUUGAACUGUAAUCAUUUUGAUUCAAAAUUGAUUUAUUUCACUAGGUUAAGACUGGUUUUGUUGUAUCAUUUGAUUGAUGCUGGUGAUUUCACCAAAAUUAACUCGAAUCGCUCAACUUCAAAAUUUAAUUCAAAGGAAACCUUGAGUAUUUUGGGUAAGUCGCCUUCAAACUACUUGGAUAACUUGGUGGAAAAUUCGGCAAACUAUAUCAACUCGAAAUCUUUAUACUAUUUACCUCCAAGAUUAUCGAAUAAUAUCCAAAACUUUAAUUCAAUAAAAGAUUUAAAUGACUAUUAUGAAAAUUCAUUCCCGGUUAAAUUGAAAUUCAAUCUAACUGAUCAUUCAGAUGAAGCCUGGUUUGCAAAGUUUUCUCCUUCUGGUAAUUAUUUGGUUACUGGUUCAUUAGAUGGGACCUUGAUCAUUUAUGAUGUUUUAAAUAACUUUAAAACUUUGGCUAUUUUAGAUAGUAAUUCAGUAGAUCAUACUAAUUGCUGGGUUAAAAAUAGCUAUAAACCAACCAUGGAUAAAAAAAAAGGAGUCAUUUAUUGUUGCUGGGACCAUGAUGAAAAUUAUUUGGUUUCUUGUUGCUUAGAUACAAUUGUUAGAGUUUGGGAUAUCAAAGAUGUUCUCCAUUCAAAUCAUCGUACUACAAGAUCUUCUUCAAAUAAAUUAGGUAAAUUAAACAGUGCUUUUACCUUGGGAGAAAACAUAAGGGCUUGGUCUUGUGAAUUCUUACCGAAAACUAAUUCAAAUUUAAAUGAAAAACCUCAUUUUAUUAUUGGUUCUCCCGAUAAAAAAUUAAAAGCUUUCACUAUUGAUGGUGACGAAUUAUUUGAUUUUUAUUCAGUUCAGGAUGAUGAUUUUUUAAAUAUUCUGUCUCAUCCUUCUUCAACUUCAAUUGCUAUUGCUGGUGGUCAUGGUGGAGCCCCCACCGGUUCGAAUGCUACUGAAGAUUUAUCAGCUCCAAUUCAUUCAAGUCAUUCUUCUCGUAAUUUACAAAAUAGAAGAAAUAGUAGUUAUGCUGGUUUACCUAGAUCAAUUUCAACCACAAGUAAUAUUAAUUUAGAAUCAAAUGCUUUAGAAUCUCAAAAUAAUAAAGAUUCAAGUAAAAAUCAAUUCAAUCGUAUUAACGAUUUAACAAUUACCCCUAAUGGGAAAUUGUUAAUUACCGCUAAUAAUGAUCGACAAAUUAAAUUUUAUACAAUUCCAGAUUUAUUUGAUCCAAAUUCAAAUACAACUAGAUUAUCAGCAAUUAAUUUAAAUGGUAGACUAACUUCUUGUUCAGUUAGUUUAAGUGGUCGUUAUUUAUUAGUUAGUAUUGCUCCCGAAGAAUUACAAGUUUGGGAUAUUAGUCAAGUUUCCGAACCAACAAUUUCUCCACCAUCACCUAUUUCAUUACAAAAUAAUAAUGAACAUUCUUCAAAUGAAAUCAAUUUACCAAGGGAAAGAAAACCUCCGGUUUUGAAAACUAAAUUAUUUGGUCACACUCAAGAUACUUAUAUUGUUCGUUCAUGUUUCGGUUAUGUUAAUCCAGUUACAAAAGAUGAAGAAUUAGUUAUAACUGGUAGUGAUACUGGUUAUGUUUAUUUUUGGAAAUUAGCAACUGGUGAAUUAAUUAAUAGAGUUAAAGCUCAUAAUGGAUUAUGUAACAGUGUUGAUUGGAAUAGAAAUUUUUACCCUCUGGCUAGUGGUAAUGAUUAUGGUACUUAUUGGUGUUCAGUUGGUGAUGAUAAAUUAGUUAAAAUUUGGGGGACAUGA